AUGCUCUCUGACAACACAACUGCUCCCACCUCAGCUCAACCUCCGAAGAACGGGGAGGUGUGUAACCGAGAUGGCUGUUCCCUUGCAUUCCCAAGUUCUAAAAAACUCAAAAAGCACCAAAGAUUGGUGCACCAGCCUGAAGUCAAGUGCAAGAUCUACGGAACCACGGACUCCGUUGUACUCUCGAGAAAUGAUGAUCAAAAAUUCGCUUGCCCAACCAAUGGGUGUAAUGAGACUUCUAUAGACCCAGUUCGAAUUCAGAAGCAUGUCAAGAAAUGCUCGCCAGCUAGUGUGGAGCUCCCAAGAGUUAUGCCGAAUCCUCCGAGGGACUUUGUCCAUCUGGUGCAGCCUGUUGAUCAGGUUAUUGUUAUUCCAAAUUAUCACUGUUUGGUAUACAACAGUUAUGCCAAAAUUCUUCUUUGCACGUCUUGUCAUUAUGGAAUUUCGACCAAUGAGGUUGAGGCACACAUGUGGAAUACUCAUCGAGAGAGGGUGUCUGAGUCUCAGCUGAGAGGUGACUUUAUGGCUCAUGGAGUAGAACUCCCCGACGAAUCUCCAAAGUUUCCGCCUGACCGAGUGGGAAGAGACUUCCUCUGCGAACCUGUGGAAGGCUUUCUAAUGUAUCUCGGCUACUUUUGCACGGCUGAUCACGAUGGAGUCAUCGUCCUUCCUCUCUGGGUCUUUUCUCUCCUGGCAGAUUUGAACACUCAUUGGAGUCUCAACUGCGAGAGAAGAUAUGUCCAGCAUCUCAAUCACCCCAAACAGAAGUAUUUCUGUGUCAAAUACAAGCCAUCUUUGCCUCCUAUGGUUGAUGGACGAUCUUGUGCCUCAGAAGACUUACCCGAACCAGGGCCUCAAGCUGGUCUUUGGUCUAGGCUACGAGAUGAAAUUUCGAAACUGGACGUCUUUUCGUUGACAGAUGGCGGUCAGAACAUUGCUCUCCAUUCUUCGGUGGUUAGCAACUAUCUUGAAAUCUCGGGGAUCAAGGUCCACAUAGAUUGCUGUGCCUCUUCAAUGGGCUGCUCUCCUUCGGGGUUGUUCAAUCAUGUCAACUUUCCAGAGGAGACGUCUUCUUGGGUGACAAUCGUGGACGAAUGGUUGGAAAAUCGUAUGGAGUCAUUGAAGGUAGCACACUAUGGACUCAGGAAAGAGGGGCUCAAAGAAUCGACUCGCGUGAGCACGGGUGCUCUCGCGACUGUAAGUAGGUUGGCAUUUGUCUACCUACUUAGUCGCGUCAUCUCUGCUGCUCGCGGGAAGGCACCGACGGUAGGGCUGUCUCCAUUGCAGGAGAAACAAACACGAACUCGUUAUGCUAAAACCAUAGCCAGGCUCCUAGUAUUCACCUUGAAUGCCUCUGAUACUCCUCUCGCUUCCUACUGGUCUGGGAAACAAAAGUCGUUGAUUAAAACCAUGAAAGAGCUCUCUCGGCUAAAGUUGGCUGGUUCGACGUCCUCAAAUGCUCACAUCUACGACCUUCUAGACCAGUCAAUGUUCAACUUUGUAUCCUUCUCAUGCUCUUUGGCGAAGCGUUCACGUGUUCAGUCGUCUUUGGAACAGUUCUUGGCCCUCUCGAUGAUCAAUGAAGAUGGUUCUUUCUUCUCUCCUCUGGAGUUGACUCACAGCAUAGCUGCUGUGCAGUAUGGUAUUCGGCUCGGUACCAUCUUCCACUGGGUCCACUUGGUGGAGACGACGGAAGAAUUAGAAGACGAUGAUGACCCAACUAAUGACAAGGAGAUAGCAAUGAUGCGUUUUCACUUCUCCUGGAUUUCUCAAGAUAGCCGCGCCUCACCGUUUAUGACUCUUCGAGAUUGGAUAAGGCUCGCCUCCACCGUAAUCAUGAAUGAACAACUUCCGGAUCAGACCCAUUGGGCGGACUCCGAAAUGACAAGGCUUGUGGUUGGAUCUUCGACUAUUACCAUAUGUGGCAUUCAACAAUCGUUGCGUGCGGUGAUCACUAAGCUCAGAAGUGCUUUCCAAUGCUUACUCAAAGGUUCCUCUCUCCCGGACUUCUUGCCUUCGAAACUCUCCGAUGACUCCGGCAAUAUCAGGAUGAAUUUCAAUUACCUAGUCGCUUCUGAGAAUCAACAAUUGUCGAGGUUUAAGAUCCUAGAAGAUUGGUGUGUUGGUGGGAACACCCAGGGGGUCCUUGCUGCCAACUGGUGUGAAGUGGUGGAGCACUCCAACUUUGAUCAGUCAAAACUAUGGUCACCUAGGGCGGCUUGGAAAUGGCUGGAGGCGUCUGACGACAUACUAGAAUGGAUUUACUUUAUGUAUCACGUUGGCUGUGGCCAACCAGCACGAGGGACUGAAGAAUCGUGUAUGCUCCUGAGGAAUACGGACUCUGCGCCAAGGAAUGUGUACUGGAGGUCUGGUCGAUUGAUGCUGCAAACCUGGUAUCACAAGGGCCAAAAUUUGACCCACCGUUCAAAGCCUAGGCAGGUAUACUUGACUGGAGAGUUAUCGAUGCAACUGCAUAAUUACUUGGCUUAUAUUCAACCAGUCCAAAUGGCGAUCUUAUGUGGACUUGGUCAGAAGGAGACUGCGAUGGACAUGCAAGAUUUCCUUUGGGUUACCUCUCGAAGGGGCCGAUUGCAAACUAAUGACUUUAAUCGGAUAUUAAAGAAGGGCUUUACACUUGGUGGAAAUGAUGGACUAGGCAUAAGGGGUUGGCGGCAGGCUUCAGUGAGCAUAGUUGCAGCACACCUAUCCAACAGAUUCCCCUCAGCACUCUUGCCCAACAACAAGACAGCUUCCCAAGACCUGGAAGAAGACAUGGGCUUGAAUAAUGCGAUGGAUCUCCAACGAAAUCACUCCUCAGCAACUGCAAAUCUUCUUUAUGGCUAUAGUAGUGGGACUGGUGUCAUCAGGGACGGAGAGACCAACUUCAUGAAAGCAAGUGAAGUCUGGCAGAAGUUUUGGGGUAUCGAGUCUCAUUUGGCUUGUCAGCAGCCCUUGCUGCCAGUACCUGAGGCACUUUCCCCUGCAGAGAAGGCCAGACAGGCACUGACUAUCUUUACCAAGAAUCCCGAUGCAAGAUUCAGAUCCGAAUUUCAACACAACUGGGUGACUGAGUUGUUCCGGAAAGAUUUGAAGGAUCUGCUGGUGGUGGCUAAGACUGGAGGUGGUAAAUCGCUGGCAUUCAAGCUUCCGUCUUUGGUCUUGUUGCAUGAAAGAACUGUACUCGUCCAACCGAUCAAUGCCUUGGUGGAUCAGACGAUGAAAGACCUCAAGAAACUGGAUGGCGUGAAAGCUCAAUUGUAUACCCCAAACACCAAGGUAGACCCCAGCGCUCAAAUCAUAGUGGCACUAUCGGACCACGCAUCUAAAUUUGACUUUGAGAACCAACUUCGAACAAAUCGACCCACCCAAAUCAUCAUUGAUGAGGCCCAUUCUUUACUGGAGGACACUUAUAGGCAUUAUUUGCCUGGGGUUGUAGCUCUUGGACAACUGACAUCUCAGGUUGUGCUGAUGACUGGCUCCCUUCCCCCCUCUCAAGAGGUGGACUUGCUGCAUGGAAUCUUUGGCCGAACUAGACUGGUCUGCAAACGAGAAGUGACAUUCCGACCGGAACUAACGAUAGAAGUCCGUCGAACAUCAUCGUCCAUUACUGAGCUCGCCGAUGUGGCAAAACAAUUAAUUCAAUCCCACCUGUCAAGGAGAGAAGACCGAGCGAUGGUCUUCAUUGAGGAUCGGAAAAUGGUGACAAAUGUGGGAGCUCAGCUGGGCGCUUGUAUCCACCACUCUGGACUAACGGAAGAUGAGAGGAAAUCUGGUGCUGAAGAUUGGAUAACUAGGGACCGAGGUGUUAUGGUAGCUACCAGUGGGUUUGGGGCAGGGAUAGACUAUUCGCAUGUUAGGCUAGUUAUUAUCUAUGGGGUUCCCAAUGAGUCGGAAGCGAACAUGGUCUAUCAACAGAUUGGUCGUGCUGGAAGAGAUGGAAAAAGUGCUCGGAUUGAAAUCAUACCCGGACCUUCUGAUGUGCUGAAUCUUGCUCAUGGAAUCCAACCUGGAAUGGACGAUUUCAAAAGGUCUUUGGUGAAUCCCUCCAACUGUCCAGCUAUGGUUUUUUCGAGACUUGAGGAUGAAGUGGAGAGAAGCUGUCGGAACUAUCCCGAUUUUCCUCAAUGCUCUGUUUGCACGACCUUUGCCAAGAAUCUUGGUGAAUACGUCCCAUAUGAUCUAACUACAAGUGUUGUUCAGAUCCCAAUGACUCUGACUCCGAUCACUACAAGGUCCAUGGACUACAAGAAAGACUCAGGUCUUGUUCAGGAAACGACUAGUUCACCUAACAAUACAACUGUUGAAUCGUCCCCCAUCUCUACCCAAAGGUGCCACAAGUCAUCUCCAGCCUUUGUUCCUCCUCUCACUCGGAAUGCGUUUGGAAAGCGAAUACGAAGCCCCGAACUUGAUGAACAAUCUAUGCAAACCAUGCUAGAAAGUGACAUUCGAAAGGUGGCCAGGUUGGGUGAGGAGGGUCGUAUCCAAUCCUUAGGUUCAGACUUGGUUUCGUCCUCUGGUGGUGCCUCAGUCAAUCUGAUCAACUCAAACGGGUUGGUUAAGAACGUGGCACUAGAGACUCACCAGGCUGUGAUCUUGAAGGACUUCAUCUCGAGGCUCAAGGGCAACUGUCCAGCGUGCUAUUUCAGAUCACAGACUUUUGUCAGACAUUCGAAACCUUCAGCAUGCAAGAAUCUAGUUCAUAGAUGCCUUAGAUGCAAAGCCUGUGCGGCCCAACAGUCACGAUACCAGCAACUGUCCCUGUGA